AUGUUUUCUCAGAGCGGCACUAAUACGCCAGUACCUAGUUCUAAGAAUAACGCUCCUCUUCCGAUUCACGAUACGAUUUGCGAAUCGAUAACUUGGGUUAAUGAUUGGUUUUCGCCUAGUUUCAUCAAUGUUAACACGGUAAGUUUUUCUACAGAAAAUCAAGCAGGAAAUGGGUCUACUGACCCCCAGUUCAUUGGCAACAAUACUGGUCUGUCUUUGCAUUUGAAAGGAUGGUUCAAGACCAAUCAAAAUCAUAGACAAGACACACUUAAACAGGCUCCAAUUAAUAGUUGCUUUGAUUUGACAUCGAGCAAAUGGAAGUAUCUCAAAACUACAACAACAAAUGAAGAUGUUACCGAUAGCGAUGAGUUGGAUAAAGACACAGAGCUGGUUAAAAGAGAGGAUACGGCUGCUGACUUUGGAAAUACAAUUUGA